AGCCCGUCCUGUAAAUCUCUGAGCCACUGUGCUUGCUGCCUGCUGGUUGCAGACACCAGGCACACCAUGAAGCUGGCCCUCUCGCCUUGGAUUUUGAUACUGCUCUGGACAAUCCCAGGCCCCGGGCUCACAGCAGGUGCUCAGGGGAGCUGCUCCCUGCGCUGUGGGGCACAGGAUGGGCCCUGUUCCUGUCACCCAACCUGCUCGGGCCUUGGCACCUGUUGUGAAGACUUUCUCAACUACUGCCUGGAGAUUUCACCCUCCUCGGGCUCCAUGAUGGGCGGCAAAGACUUCGUGGUGCAACAUUUAAAGUGGACGGCCUCUACUGAUGGUGUCAUCUGCAGGUUUAAGGAGAGUAUCCAGACCCUUGGCUAUGUCGACAGCUCGAAUCAAGUGCACUGUGUAUCGCCCUUGCUCUACGAAAGCGGCUACGUUCCCUUCACCAUAUCGAUGGACAAUGGCCGUUCCUUCCCUCACGCAGGCACUUGGCUAGCUGCACAUCCCUACAAAGUGUCUGAGUCUGAGAAGAGCCAGCUGGUGAAUGAGACCCAGUGGCAAUAUUAUGGUACUUCAGACACCGGGGGCAAUCUCAGCCUCACCUGGAACACCUCAGCGCUGCCCACGUCGGCCGUCACCAUUGAGCUGUGGGGCUAUGAGGAGACAGGGAAACCCUACUCUGAGAACUGGACGGCGAAGUGGUCCUAUCUGUACCCUUUGGCUACAAACAUCCCCAAUACCGGCUUCUUCACGUUUACCCCCAAACCCGCAUCACCUCAGUACCAGAGGUGGAAAGUGGGCGCUCUGAGGAUCAGCAUGAGCAAGAGCUAUCCAGGAGAACAGGAUGUGCUGGCACUCUGGACCAACGAUCAUGCACUGGCCUGGCACCUGGGUGACGACUUCCGGGCAGACUCUGUAGCCUGGGCCCGUGCCCAAUGCCUGGACUGGGAGGCACUGGAAGACCAACUGCCCAACUUCCUGACGGAGCUGCCGGACUGCCCGUGCACGCUGGCCCAGGCCAGGGCUGAUUCUGGCCGCUUCUUCACUGACUAUGGCUGUGACAUCGAGCACGGCAGUGUAUGCACCUACCACCCAGGGGCUGUGCACUGCGUGCGCUCCGUACAAGCCAGCCCCAGGUAUGGAUCAGGCCAGCAAUGCUGCUACACGGCAGCAGGCACGCAGCUCCUGACCUCAGACUCCACGAGCGGCAGCACCCCUGACCGUGGCCAUGACUGGGGCGCACCCCCGUACCGCACUCCUCCCCGUGUGCCCGGCAUGUCUCAUUGGCUCUAUGACGUCAUCAGCUUCUAUUACUGCUGUCUUUGGGCUCCUGAGUGUCCCCGCUAUAUGAAGCGCCGGCCCUCCAGUGACUGCCGCAGCUACAGGCCCCCACGCCUGGCCUCUGCCUUCGGGGACCCCCAUUUUGUCACCUUCGAUGGCACCAGCUUCUCGUUCAGUGGGAACGGCGAGUACGUGCUGUUGGAGACCACACUGAGUGAUCUGAGAGUGCAGGGCCGGGCCCAGCCUGGGACAAUGCCCAAUGGCACCCAGGCCCGUGGCACAGGGCUGACUGCAGUGGCCGUCCAAGAAGAUAACUCGGAUGUGCUGGAGGUGCGGUUAGCCAGCAGAUCCCAGGGCGUGGAAGUGUUGCUGAAUCAGAAAGUGCUCAGUUUCACGGAACAAAAUUGGAUGGACCUGAAGGGCAUGUUCCUGUCGGUGGCCUCUCAGGAUAAGGUGUCAAUCAUGCUGUCGUCGGGGGCUGGCCUUGAGGUCAGUGUACAAGGUCCUUUCCUGAGUGUGGGCAUCCUCCUGCCUGAGAAGUUUCUGACCCAUACCCGUGGUCUCCUGGGGACACUCAACAACAACCCCGAGGAUGACUUCACCCUGCGAAGUGGGCAGGUCCUGCCCCGGAAUGCCAGCGCCCAGCAGGUGUUCCAGUUUGGAGCAGACUGGGCUGUUUCCAACACCUCGUCCCUGUUUACCUAUGACUCUUGGCUUCUGGUCACCCAAUACGCAAACCAAUCCAAGCAUGACCCCAACUUCAGACCGCUCUUCCCUGACGAGACCACACUCAGCCCCAGCCAGGAACAAGAUGUGGCCAGACUCUGUGAGGGUGACCGUUUCUGCGUCCUUGACAUGAUAAGCACCGGGGACCCCAGUGUGGGCAACGCCACCCGGAUCGCCCACCAGCUGCACCAGCAUCGUCUGAAGAGCCUGCAGCCUGUGGUAUCCUGUGGCUGGCUGCCCCCACCUGCGAAUGGGCACAAGGACGGCUUGAAGUACCUGGAAGGGGCCGUCGUCCGCUUCGGCUGCAACAAUGGCUACAGUCUGGCAGGGCCAGAGAGCAGCACCUGCCAGGCCGAUGGGACGUGGUCCACGCCUACCCCAGAGUGUCAGCCAGGGCGGAGCUACACGGUGCUACUGAGUAUCAUCUUCGGAGGCCUGGCCAUCGUGGCGCUGAUCUCCAUCAUCUAUAUGUUGUUGCAUCGCCGCAGGAAGAGCAACAUGAGCAUGUGGACCUCACAACCCUGAGACCAGAGAGCGCACUUGACUGACGGCAUCCGGCCAUGUGCUCGCCAAGACCCAGCCUGCCCCGGAGAAGCGCAAAGAACACAUAACCCAGUCCUGUGAACGCCACAUCUAGUAUCUGUGCCUUUAACACUAGGACCCGUGCCUAGCCUGUCCUGACUGAGACCUGAUACCGGAUAGUCUUAACUCCUGAACCCCCCCCCCCACCUCCACCAGUAACCUGCACUUCCUUUGUCUAGUGGUUAUGGCUUGAAUUCCUCCACCUUGAGGGAGGGCCUUCUUGUCCCAUCCUAGAACUGGAGUCCCUAUGUCCCAAACCCAGAAGUUUCUGUGUUGGAAGCUCACAUUUCAGUCCCUGGCUUCCCAGUGCCUGAUAAACUGAGACCUGGUGCCCGCCCUCCUGUGAGCCCCCCCACCCCCCAGAGCUGAGCUGCCUUGAUUCCUGCCCCCGGGGCCCAACUUGAGAGCUCAGGUUGGCCCAGUCUCACAGUGAGGAGCGGCCUCAGGGCCUGAGCGGGGGUGGGCGUGGGGGGGAGGACUGUCCAGCAGAGAAGAGACCUGUUUCAUAAGCCAGGCUUCAACACUUACCUCUUCUCUAGAGUCCUCAGGAACGCCCUCUAUUCCCGUACCAGAAAACAAGCUCAUGUUACAUCUU